CCCUCUUCUCGAUCUCGAUCCCGUCCACAACAACAUCUGAGAUCGUCGUAAAAUCAUCAUUAUUAUCGCUCGCGUCCGUAUCAGUGUUACACGUGCGGGGCAGACGUCUUAAGACUCGUAACAUAUUAUCACCAUCACGCACGCCGACGAUGCGCCCGACCCCGGUUCUGCUAACGGCGUUUGCCGCCGCAGCGGUGCUACUGCAGCAGGCUCCCGCUGUCCACGCGGGCAUCAUCGGGCUCAUCCAGAACAACGUGUUGGGCUCGGCCCAAUUCCACAGACAACAGUCGUGGCCGUUCGACCCGAACGUGAGCGCCCGCCGGACGCACGAGUUCGUCGCGCUGCACGGCGACAAGUCCGAGAGGCUGAUCGAACGCAUCGGCCUGGGGCUGGACGGCAGGCAGCAGGAGCGCCGGGAACAGCAGGCGGUCAGGGACAUCUUGUACGACCGGCAGCAGCGAAACGACGGGCCAGCUUCCGGUGCCGGCGGCGGUUACCAGCACCAACUGUCCCAGCCAGUGCAGGCGUAUCCGGCCGGUUACGCGCGAAGACGAUGACGCGCGGCGCCGUGUCAAGGUAUUCCGUCACCGAUGUCCGUCGAACACGCGUCCUUGUCCGUCGUUCUACAGCGUAAUAGGUUUUAUGAUAUUAUGUUGCUGCGUCGACGACCACCGACGCUGCGGCUGCAGUUUGCGCCGGUUUCCAUCCUAUAUAUUGUAAUGUUGUACGACGCGAUGCACUGAAAACCAUGAUGCACGCGACAUGCAUUUUUAUAAUUGCAUAAUAUUAUUAUAGUUUUAAGUUUACCAAAUGCGCACCUGAACGGCGAUGGUAAUAAUUUAUAAUCUAGAUAAAAACAAAUUGUUUUAGUCAUUAUAGUAUUGUAUCAUAUAAAUAAAAUGUAUUAUCGUGUA